AUGAGAAUUUCCUUCUACUGUUUGGCAUUGUUCAUUGCCUCUAUAAGUGCUCAUGGAAUACAUAGAUCUCGCAAUGACGUUGCUGUUGCUUCAAAUGUUGACAAAAUUCUAUCAACGCUUUUCCACACAGAUGGUGUAUUGAAUUUAGACCACUUGGAGAAUGAGCUUGAUAAAUGCUCAGUGGUUAAGGACUUGAAUGCUCAUCUUGAAGAAGAGCAUUCAGACCACGAGGAAUCCUUUAUCCAACAACUUUUUGAAAAACUUUUCCCAUUUGGCCCUGCUUGGAACUCUGUACUUGCAACAUGUUAUAUUUCUGGUCCUCCAAAUCUUCUUCUUCUGCUUCUUCCAGCAUCCAUUGAUCCAUCUCGUUUGACUUUUCUCGUCUCUUUUGCCGUUGGUGGUCUUUUGGGUGAUGUGUUUUUACAUUUAUUGCCUCAAACCUUUUUGGGUGAACCUGUCGAUACCAAGGCUCAUUUUGUAUUUGUCGAUGAAAAGAGAAAUAUAAUUCUUGGUGGAUUUAUUUUCGUUGGUUUUAUGUUAUUCUGGCUUAUCGACAAAAGUUUAAGAAUCUUGAACCAUGGUGAAGAAUCAGAACAUGGUCAUUCUCAUUCUCACAGUCACUCACAUAGUUCACAUGUUGAUCAUGCUGAAAGCUCUGCUAUUGAGGCUAAGGACUCGAAGAAUAUUCGUAAUAGAUCUAAAAAAGAAAACCAAGACAAUGGUGAGGAAGAAGAUUCGAAGCCUGAGGAGCCAGCAAAGCAGGAUAUUUCAUCAUCGGUGCGUACUGCUGCCUACCUUAACCUCAUUUCCGAUUUCACACACAAUAUCACUGAUGGUCUUGCUAUUACCUCUGCUUUUUAUAUCUCUCGUCCUGUUGGUUCUACUACAGCUCUUGCCGUUUUCCUUCAUGAAGUUCCUCAUGAAAUCGGUGACUUUGCUGUUUUAAUUCAAGGUGGCUUCUCUAAGUGGCAAGCUAUGGGUUCGCAAUUUGUCACAGCUAUUGGGGCAUUUACUGGUUGCUUCAUUGGGAUUGCUAUUCAGCAAUGGGCUGCCAGUACCUCUGUGAUUGUUGCCUCUAGCGAAUUAGGGACUGCUGUUGUUUCAGGCAGCAAUGGUUUGUUUGGAACCACCGUAACUAUUGGUGAUUUGACAUUGCCAUUUACCGCUGGUGGAUUCCUUUACAUUGCAACAGUUGGUGUCAUUCCAGAGAUUUUGGAGUUGGACGAAUCUACCAGCCGUUUUGGAGAAGUUAAAAAGGCCAUUGGACAAAUUAUUGGUAUUGCAAUGGGAAUUGGCAUGAUGUUUGCUAUUUCAUGGUUUGAAUAA